AGAAAGCUGGAUUUGCGAAAAUGGUGCCAACAGAUAAACUUCCUUUUCCAAAAAUGUUGCAAGCGGAAGUGUAAAACCUAUAACCAUCACGCUGUAAGGAGCAAAAAUGUUUUCGACCCCUUCUAAGAAAUCCUCAUUCAGUGCCCGCAACAAUGUCGCUAACCGGAGAGACGACGAUUCCACUCCGGCGGCCGGCAACCGGAGACCACUGCUCGACAGCCCAGCCGUCCCAAACCGUCCCGCCAGUGGGACCCCCGCCCCUUGGUUCUCUCGCCCUUCCGUCCUCGCUAGAAUCUCGCUGGCCAAGGGAAGUUUCAGUGGAUAUGACGUAGAUGCUGUCGAACCUGUAUAUGUUGGGGAGUUCCCUCAAGUUUUAGGUAUCGCACAGAUGACAGUUCAGAAUUAUUGUCAUGCUGAUGCAUCUAUCUCUGGUGGAAUGGACAAGGAGACAUCCCUAGCAUGGAUCAUAUGUGGAAACGGUCUCUUUAUCUGGGGCUUCUUAUCAUCUGCUGCAUCAAGAAAAUGUAUCAACAUUGACCUAAUGUCUGUUAAAGAAGAAAUUGGUGAUGUGACCAGCAACUCAUAUUUACCUAACAAUUGGUUAGUCCGUUUUGUCAACUGGGACAGCUUGAAGAAAGCUGGUAGCAUCACUGUCCAACAGCUCAAUUCUGCUGGGAUUAUAUUGUGUAACAAAAAAACUGGUGAUCUACUUUUCUGGCCAGAUAUCUCAAAUGCUGAUGGGAUGCUUCCAUUCACGUCUCGUGCCUUUUCUGAUAAGCAUGGCAAUAAUGCUGCAAAAUCAUUUUAUAUUAACUCUUUGAUAACUUCACCUGUCUCGUCUACCAACAAAAGUUGUAUUGCACUUGCAUGUAGUUCUAAUGGUGAACUUUGGAGAUUCUUCUGUAGCCCUUCUGGUAUUCAGCUUGAACAGAUUGAGCAUGGCAUGUCAAAUAAAUUAUCUGAAGGAAAUGAUAACGGUUCAUCUGUGGCAAGUAAAGGCUUUCCUGGGUCACUGAUUUGGCAGUUUUCUAGUCAUUCAUCGGAGGACACUACAAAACAGUUUCUUCUGCUAACUAAUCACGAGAUACAGUGCUAUGCAGUAAAGCUUUCCUCUGAUUUAGAUGUGGUAAAGCUUUGGACUCAUGAAAUCUCCGGCUUUGAUGGUGAUUUGGAUAUACAGAAAAACCUUGCUGGCGAAAAGAGGAUUUGGCCCCUUGAUUUGGCUGUUGAUAGCGUUGGCAAGGUAAUAACUGUUCUAAUUGCCAUCAUUUGCAAGGAUCGGGUGACCAGUUCAAGCUACAGUGAGUAUUCCCUUCUAACCAUGCGAUACAGAUCUGGAGUAGAUACAGCGAAGCCAAUAGGGAAACAGAUUAUUAUACCUAAAGCUAGAGUAGAGGAUGAGGAAUUUUUGUUCUCAAUGAGGUUAAAGGUAGGUGGAAAGCCGGCUGGUUCUGCUAUUAUACUCUCAGGUGAUGGUACUGCAACAGUUUCCUACUGUUGGAGAAAAUUCACCAAGCUCUACCAGUUUGAUUUGCCCAAUGAUGCUGGAACAGUUCUUGAUGCUUCAGUAAUCCCUUCCCUUGAGGAAAGUGAAGUUGGAACUUGGGUUGUGCUCACUGAGAAAGCUGGAGUUUGGGCUAUACCUGAGAGGGCAGUUUUACCUGAAAGUGAUAGGCAACGAGCGGGUUUAACCAGAGGUGCACGUCGUGACCCUCAAGACGAGGAAUCGGAAUAUUUACUAAGCCAGUUUUUCGAUGAGUUUCUCUUGUCUGGACAGGUUGAUGGUGUCCUUGAUGAAUUGAAAAAUUCAAGGGCUUUUGAAAGAGAGGGAGAGAGAAAUGUAUUUGCCAGGAUGAGCAAAUCAAUUGUUGACACCUUAGCUAAACACUGGAUGACAACCGGGGGAUCUGAGAUUGCUCUAUCUGUUGUGUCCACUCAACUAGUUGAUAAGCAACAAAAGCAUCAGAGGUUUCUUCAGUUCCUUGCUUUGUCCAAAUGCCAUGAGGAAUUGUGUGACCGACAGAGACAAUCUAUGCAAAUUAUCAUGGAACAUGGGGAAAAGCUUGCCAGCAUUAUUCAACUGACAGAACUUCUAAAUGCAAUUAGCCAUGCUACCGAGUCUGGGGUUGGCUCCUAUUAUGACUCAGAUGCUCGGACUUCUGGAGCUUUAUGGGAUCUUAUCCAGUUAGUUGGUGAGAGGGCCCGCCGGAACACAGUUCUUUUGAUGGAUAGGGAUAAUGCUGAAGUUUUCUAUAGUAAGGUCUCAGAGCUCGAGGAACUAUUUCAUUGCUUAGCGGGAAACAUAGAACAUAUCAUCACCCAAAAUAUGCCUAUUAUUCUGCAAUCUCAAAGAGCUUGUGAACUUGCAAAUGCAUGUGUUACAAUCUUCCGUACAGCCAUUGACUAUGGGGCUGAUCACCACUUGUUGUACCCUCCACCCGAGGGCUUGACACCGUGGUAUUCAAAUUUUGUUGUGUGGAGUGGGCUGUGGAAUAUUGCAUCAUUCAUGCUUCAAUUGCUUAGUGGAACAGAACGGCUUAAAGUUUCUGUCGUACUUGAUUUUUACUCGAAUCUUGUAGUACUCUCAGAAAUACUACUCGAAUCAUAUUCUAAUGCUAUCACAGCAAAAGUCGUUCGGAAAGAAGAUCAUCGAAGUCUGUUGGAGGAGUACUCAAAAUGUAGAGAUACCCUUCUCGGCUCCCUUUAUAAGCAAGUGAAGGAUUUCAUACAGGCGAAAUUACAGGAUUCACCUGAGGAAAAUGAGGAAUUGAAUAAGGAUACUCUGAUGACAUUUUCUUCAAAGUUAUUGUCAAUUGCAAGACGUCAUGAGGGUUAUCAGACUAUGUGGAACAUAUGCUGUGACCGCAAUGAUUUCAAUCUCCUCCAGAGUCUCAUGCAUGAAAACAUCGGACCAAAAGGAGGGUUCAGUUUCUUUGUAUUCAAACAACUCUAUGAUAGCAAACAAUUCUCAAAACUAAUGCGGCUGGGUGAAGAGUUUCGUGACGAGCUUGCUACAUUUCUGAGGCAGCAUCCCAAUCUUCGUUGGCUUCACGAAUUGUUUCUUCGUCAAUUUUCCUCAGCUUCUGAAACUUUACAUGCAUUAUCUAAUUUCUCUCUUCCUAAGGAUAACAGAUCAGUUUCAGAUACUGAUGAGACUGAACCUACUGGCCCACUACCUAAAUUAACUUUGGCUAGGAGAAAGCAUUUUUUGAAUCUCGCAAAACUGUCAGCAAUGGCAGGAAGAGAAGCUGGCUACGAGUUAAAGGUGAAGCGUAUUAAAGCUGAUUUGAAUUUUCUACAAGUACAGGAAGAAAUAAUGAGGCUUCUACACGAUGAUGAUGAGGACAAGCAAUUUAUGGUGCAGCAGCUUCUUGAUCCACUGGAGCUCAUCCGAAUGUGUCUUAGAAUCAAGAAGCGGGAGCUUUCGUUGCGACCCUUCGAUAUAUUCUCGUGGAUGAGUGUGUCCUUUCUCAGAAGCAACACUUUUAUUUUACAGGAGUGCUGGAGAAAUGUUGCAAGUCAAGAUGAUUGGGAGAGACUGUAUGGCUUGUCCAUGACUGAGGGCUGGAGUGACGAUAGAACCUCUGAGGUUCUCGAGCAAACUGCACUUUUCCAUGCUGCCAGAAAAUGUUAUGGGCCCCGCUCAAAAAAAUUUAAUGUGAAAUUCGAUGAGAUGCUCCCGUUGAGGAAGGGAAGUAAUGUAAUAGGCUUGUCUGUGGAAGAAGUCAUGAUAGAGCACAAGGAUUAUCCAGAUGCGGGCAAGCUGAUGCUGACCGCUAUCCUGCUCGGGAGUGUUUGACAAAGGGCUUGAUAUCAUGGAGUGAAGAUAGUUUGUGUCACAGGUUGUCGUCUUGGUUCUUGUGCCAGAAGUUGGAUUUGGGCUUUUUUGAUACUCAACUUUUGCAGAUUGAGAUGGCUAUUGAUAGUGGUUGGGUGUAAGGUUUGUGUGUACAACACCGAAGGAGAAAAAAAUGAAAAAUAUUUUACCCUUUUCAGUCUGAAAUUUCUGGUUCUAUAAAAAAGUUUGAUAUGAUUAAACAUAGGGCGAAUUUAUUU